CAUGGAGGAAAAUUGAUUCAAUAUGGGUGGAAUGCUGGUCCCUGCCAUGCUCAUGUCUUUGGGCUGGUCCAUAAUGUUGUGAACAAGAAACUUGAUGGUGAGGAGCUGGCAGCUCAGGAUAAGUCCAUCUUGGGAAUCAUGUCUCUAACUUGGAACUUCUUGACUGCAGUACUGCCAAAGGAGGUCAUUGAUCCUGUCAGGGAAAAGAUUGCCAUGGCUGGCCUACCUCCUAUGGCAUCACCAGGCAAUCAUGGUUAUGAGCUUGAGCUGCCCAAUGGAACCCUAUCCUGGAAUACUGCUGACCAUGCCCCUGCUGAGGCAUAUAUGUCCCAGAACUAUACUGCAUAA